UCAAAAAGUAACUCAAUCAUUGACAUUCAUGGCGAAGAAGGGACCAGAAGUAAUUAUUCAAUAGAUUCAAUUAUGUCAAUAACUGCAAAUCCAACGAAGAUGAUGCGAAAUUCAUUGACCAACUACUUAAGAAAAUUUUCAUUGCUUAAGCUUGAUUACUUAACGGUACAAUCGCCCAAGUACUACUUAUUUAUUCGUGCCUUUGCAAUUUUCAAUUUAAUAGCUCUCAACACUAAAUUCAUCAUCUUUAUAACAGUCAAACUUGACCAUAAAACUGCUCUCAACUUCGGUGAUUACGCGAUCAACUGGUCUAAACCUCAUCACUUUUUGUUAUUCAUUAACAUUCUCUGGAUUACCUGUGGUUUGUCUUCAUUCUACUUGUUCCAACGAACGAACGAUGCACCGAAAAAACAAUUCUGGGUCCAGUACUUGUCCAUUCUUGAUGCUGAUAUUUCGGACUGGAAGCAUAGCACCAAAUCAAUCAUUAUUUACCUUUUCUUUUUCACUUUAAAGUGCAAUCUAUUUCUUGGUGCUGCAUUUAGUUGGGUUCUUUAUAUUCCAGUGCUCAGCGAAAGUGCAUCGCUUAAACAAUUGUUUUUCAUUAGUCUUGGUAGUUACAAUGGUGCUGUCGCAGGCUACUGUUGUACAUCGAUUUGUGUCAACUUCUCGUUCAUAUUUGCUUUUUACUCGUUAACAACUGGAUUGAGGUACGAUAAACUUGCUUCGAGAUUUGCAAAGCAAGCUUCAACGCUUUCAGACCCAACAAUUGUUGACACAAUAAAUAAAGAAUUGAUUCAAUUGUUGAUUGAGAAUCAUAAAGCAAACUAUUUCUGGACUCAAUUGAACUCGAUUGUUUUUCUUCUUACCUUUUUCGCUCUCAUUCCCAUUUUAUACUUGAUCUUCUUUGUACCUUUGACUAACUUCGUCAACUUUGCAAUGGUUAUUCUGGGCGCACUCAACUUUCUUUGUGGACAAUCGAUUACCUUUCUAAGUGGUAGUUUUGCUAAAACAAAGUUUGAUAGAUGCUACAAACAACUCAAUCGAGUUUUGAUCAGUCGAGACGAUUUCAACUUCAAUCACAGAAUACAAUUGAUCUGUUCAGCUGAUUACUUGAUAAACCGUCACUUGUUUUAUAUCUUUGGAGGAUUCGAGUUCUCCCAAAUGAGCUAUCUUCUUGUUAUACUGGAGAUCAUAUCACUUUUGCUAUUACUCUUAGCUAAUGCUGGUAGAUGAUCAGCAUUGAACAAAUCUGAGUCUUACAAUCAGGAAAUCGCCUCGUGAUUUGGAAAUCAA